GGUUGUAUCCGCCGCCAUGAUUGUUAUGAUUUUCAACAUACCAUGUGGAAAAUGUCUUCUACUGUAAUUGGAUAUUAAGAUCGAGUACUGAAUGUGACGAACAAAAAUAUGAUGCAUAUAAAACAGCAGUUCGAAGACAGAUAUGUAGAUGACAAUGAGGAAGGGGAAUCUGGUUCGGAAGAAUCAGAAUCAAGUGAAAUCGAAAGACUUGAUACUGCAACUCCAGUUGAAUCCUAUGACAAUAAUCCUACAGAAACGCCCACUGAAAGAGGAAUAGCAAAAACAAAAAAGGCCGAGGAGUUGAUAUUAAAGAUUAUCGGUCAAACUAAAGCCCUAGGCUCAAACACUUUAGAUCUAGGUUCAAAGGGUGUGCGGCAAAUUCCCAACGAACUAUUAGAAUUAUCUCAAUUAGAGUACCUGUAUUUGGAAGGGAAUGAGUUAUGCAGUCUGCCUGAUGAUUUCUUUGAUAAGCUUCCUAACCUUGUGUGGUUGGACAUAAGAAGAAAUGGAUUGCUACGUUUACCAAGUGUUUACACUGGAAGACAUCAAAAUCUUAGAAAUCUUCUGUUGGAAGGAAACAAUUUACGUAGUUUGCCAUUAGAAUUGGGUUUAAUCAAAUCAUUAAAUGGACUGAAUAUCAGUGGCAAUCCAAUAGAGUUUCCUCCAGGGGAGAUAAUAGAGAAAGGAACUAAUGAAAUUCUCAAAUUUCUCAGAGAAAUGCUUCUUGCCAAGUCUCAGGGGCGUCUCACAACUAGUCUAAAUGGGGGAGAAAAUGGGGAGGACAGUAGUAGUAGCUCAGAGGACUGGCAGGAUGAGAGAGAUUUACGAGACUGGGCUAAGAUACAACAUAGAUCUUUGUCCAUGGAGGAUAAUAAAAGUACUACAACAAAAUCUUCAGAAUUUGGACUGGUACCUCAUUCUGCAGAGCUACAUAGACCAGUUAGUUAUACAGAAAUAAAACAAGAAAAAACAGAUAAAAUAAUGAAAGCAGGUGCCAUGGGAACAGUUGAUAGGCUUAAUACCUUAACACAAAGUGUAGAUAGGGGUCUUAUUUCCAACAGAAGAAAUGAUUCUAGUAGUUACUUACUCACAAGACAGAGUACAUUUACUAGUAGACAAAACACUGUCAGACGACAAUCAGCCAAUAACAGUGUGUUAUCAUGGAAAGUUAAUCCCUAUCCCGAGCCCCCUCCAGCAGAUUAUAUACAUUUUAAAAUGAAUGAAGAAAGACAGCUUGCCAAAGUCAAAGAUUUCAAAGAAAAAACAGAUGCCAUAUUGCAGAGAAGAAAAGAUGAAAAUGUUCUUAAGGAAUGGAGACAUGAAACAAAAAUAAAACAACAGAAGCGUCAAAUUGAGAUCAUGAGAACAGGGAAAAAAGACUAUGUAGAUCCUGUAGAGAAGGCACCAUUUGAUAUUGACGAGAAUCAUAUCAAAGUUAUGUCCAAUGAAGAGAGGAUAAAGCAAGAUGUAAAGACUGCCCACGAAAGAUUAAGAAGACAAUUGUCUCCAGCAAGCAGACAGAGAGUAGAGGAAGAAAAAGCUGCAAGAAUAAAAGAAUUAGAAAAGAAGAUAAAACUGCAUACAUCACAGAUGCAUUCUAGAAGGAAACAGCAAAAGGGUACACCGCAGGAAGAAAUGGAAGCUGCUAGGAGAGAUUUGGAAAUUGUGAAAAAUCUUCAGAAAGAUUUGCUGAAACGGUAUCAGGAACUCAAGGCCUGGACAACAGAUAAAAAAGAGGAAAAUCUUGCCCUAUUGCUGAAGAUCUCCACAAGGAGUUAAUGAGCACUCGCAAAAAUUUGGAGUACCGAUUCAGAGCCUUUACAGCUGAAGUAUCGUCAUAUCCAAGGGCCAAGAAAACUCCAGUGUAGAAAAUUAGCAAAUGAUAUUCAGACUACUUAACUAAUUUGAGAUGCCAGUUUAUGCCUUCAACUAAAGAAUUUUUGUAGACAAUGCAGUUUGAGUUUCUGUUAUGUUUUAUAUGUGCAUGUGAUAAAAUAUUUGAAUAACUAAACUGAAAUCUGAACAAUGCAAAGUUGAUCAGAAGUAUUUGAGCGACUUCAUCAUUGGAUAAUUUUAAGAAUAUCAAUACAUUCUGAUGUAUAUUUCCUUUUAAGUUCACUAACCUUGAAUGCCAGAGUGACAAUGUCUGAAAAUUGUUUUGAAACAACUUUGGAAGUUUAAAUUAAACCUUAUCACUUUAUAUAAUUACAACAGUUAAAAAAGGCAAAGAUUGAUUGAUUAAGCCUUUUUUUUUAAUAACUUUUUUUUACACUACUGUUACCUAGAUUUAGUCAAUAGUAUGCAUAGAUUGCUGCUGUCUACACUCUUAUAAAUGCUUUUAUUUUAUGUGUUCACAAAAUUCAUCACAUAUUAUGACUGAAUUGAGCUCACAGUUAUUAAAAUAUUUCAAUUCAUAUUAAAAUUUUCUAUUAUACAUGAAGAAUUUCAGUUUUUUACACAUAAGGGUAUGAAUAAUAGAGGAUAUUUUGUGUUCAGUUCUAUAUGUUGUCAGUUUGCAUAUCAUUUUAACCAACUUCAAAAGUUGUGUUUUCUGUUUAUAUUUUUUAUUCUCUUAAAGAGGUGUAUGGGAAGAAUGUGGUGUGACAGUGUGUGUGUCCUUUUCUUUUUUUCUCAGUGUUAUUUUAUGUCAAUUGUCAUAGAUCCCAGUUAUUAUAGAUAUUAAACAGUUAGAAUUUUAUUGCUUGGAUUUUGAAGACUUAACUGACUGAAUAAAUACUGUAAAAUACUGUAAAGCAAAUUUAAAUGGAGUCAAGUUUCUGUAGGAAAAAAAGUGUGAUAAUUUGCUAGAAAGAAAUUCCUAUUUACAUUACUUAUCUCGUAUAACUAUCAUGUGAACAAAUGUGCUACAGGGAGACAACUGUACUUACUUUAUAAUAACUUUACAGUGAAAAUGUGUAUGAUUAGUUAAUGAGGUUUUCUUUUUACAUUCCUGCUAUUGUUCAGAUCUGUACAUUAUUUAUUGUGGCCAUAUGUUAUUUAUAUUUUGAUUCUUACCAUUAUUUAUUAUUUAUCUAUUUUGCUUUGAUUAUAUUGUUUAAUCUUAAGAAAGCAUUGCAAGUGCUGCUGGUGUUUAAUUGCAUGGCUCAGAUGAUGUCAGACAUCUGAAGAUAAAAUUUAAAGAAAAAGUUUAUUAGAGAAAGUUCAAUUUAUGAAUGAAGAUAAAAACAGUUAGGACUUUUUAGAUAUAGAAUGGUCCUACCUCUUCUUCCAUUUUAUUAAACUCAUUUGCAUUUAAAUCUCUUGAAUUCUUUGAAAAAAUAAAACGGUCAGUACAGUUUUCUGUUUUUAUUCCUGUCACUUAAUUUUUGAAUGAAAAUGUUUUCCUGUAGAUGUUAUUGACAGAUGUUCAUGCUUAUGAUUUUUAGAACUGUAUAAAAUUGUUCACUGUUGAUAGUUGUUAGCAAUAUUAUCUAAAAAACACAAAUAUUCGAAAUUCUUUGUAGUUUGACAAAUAUGAUGAAUAAAUUAUUUUAACUAUAAA